AUGAGCAGCCUGGCCUUGUACCGGGGCAUCUACACCGAGGAGCGCUUCCGACAGGCCUAUGGGGCCCCGCCGGAGCCCGAGAGCAGCAGCAGCCGGGCAGAGAUGCUGAAGGGCAGGCUGGCCCGGGGCUGCCGGUGUUCCCGGGCUGCCGCUUGGCGCUUCCUUCGGGGCAGGCUUCCCAUUGCCAGCUGGCUGCCCAGGUACCAACCCAAGAAGUGGCUGCUGGGGGACGUGGUGGCGGGGCUGACCGUCGGGAUUGUGCACAUCCCGCAAGGAAUGGCCUUUGCCUUGCUCACCUCCGUGGCACCUGUCUAUGGGCUCUACACUUCAUUCUUCCCUGCUUUACUGUACAUGCUCUUCGGCACGGGGCGUCACGUGUCCGCAGGUACUUUUGCUGUGGUCAGUCUGAUGACAGGCUCCGUCGUGGAGCGUUUGGUUCCUAUACCCCUGCAGUCCAAUGGCACGGACCCUGCUGAAGUAGCUUUGCUCGAGGCACAGCGCAUUGGGGUAGCCGCUGCCAUGGCCUUCCUUACAGGGCUCCUCAUGGUAGGGAUGUUUACUUUUCACCUGGGUUUCCUGUCCACCUAUCUCUCGGAGCCCGUCAUCAAGGCCUUCACCAGCGGUGCUGCUUUGCACGUGGUGGUGUCGCAGCUGCAGAGCCUCCUGGGAUUGCCCCUGCCCCGUCCUGAUGGCUGGUUCACCAUUUUCAAGACACUGGCAUCUGUGGUGGAAGCGUUUCCCUUAACCAACAUAGCUGAAUUGCUGAUCUCAGGCCUCUGCUUGGCUGUGUUGGUGCCCAUCAAGGAGAUCAACAAUCGCUACCGUAGCCGGAUGUGGGUCCCCAUCCCAGGAGAGAUCAUCAUGGUACUCUUAGCCACUGGCAUUUGUUUUGCCUCUUCCCUCAACACCCACUACAACGUGCAGAUUGUUGGACACCUCCCAGCCGGGUUCCCACAACCCCAGGUCCCAGCCCUGCAUCUGCUGCCCCAAGUGCUGGGCGACACGGUGGCCCUCACUUUCGUGGCCUACGCCAUCUCAGUGUCUCUGGCCAUGAUCUACGCUGAGAAGCACCACUAUACAAUUGAUCCCAACCAGGAGCUCUUGGCCCAUGGCCUCUCAAACCUGGUCUCCUCCAUGUUCACCUGCUUCCCCAACUCAGCCACGCUGGCUACAACCAACAUCUUGGACAGUGCCGGUGGAUACACACAGCUCUCUGGUCUUUUCACAAGUGCUGUAGUCCUGGUUGUGCUGAUGUGGAUCGGGCCACUCUUCUACUACUUGCCCAAGGCUGUCCUGGCAUGCAUCAAUGUCACCAGCCUUCGCCAGAUGUUCCUGCAGUUCCAGGACCUUCCUGAGUUGUGGAGGAUCAGCCACGUUGACUUUGCUGCCUGGGUGGUCACAUGGCUCUCUGUAGUUGUGAUCAAUGUAGACCUUGGCUUGGCAGUGGGAGUGAUAUUCUCCAUGAUGACAGUGGUGUGCCGCACACAGAGGGCCGAAUGUUUGGUGCUGGGCAGGGCAGCUGACACAGAGAUCUACAGGCCUGUCAAGGAAAAUAGCAAGUGCUUUGAGAUCCCAGGGAUGAAGAUUUUAAGCUACCAGGCCCCCAUCUAUUACGGGAACCGCAGUUUCUUCCGUGACACUCUGAGCCGUCUAGUCGGGCUGAGCCAGGAACGGGAGCCAUACGAGGAUCAAGGCCCAGAUAUCAAGAUGCAUAUCAGCACUGUGGAAAGCAGCAUCUCAGUCCUAGACAAGAAACCCGACUCAGAUACAGCUGUACAGGCUGUGGUUCUUGACUGCAGCGGAGUGGCCUUUGUUGACUCAGCUGGGGCACGUCUCCUUAUUCAGGUGUGCAUUGAAUGCCAAAAAGCAGGCAUGCAGGUGCAUUUAGCUGCUUGCAAUGCAAAUGUCCUGCGCACCCUCAGCUUUUGUGGCCUCCUGCAUCAUCUACACCCACAGCAGAUUUUUGUCACUGUUCACGACGCAGCCUCCUACCUUCAGCAGACCACGGAAACUGUGGAGCAGAAGGACCCCACCAUCUGGGUAUGACGCUUAGGUGUUGAGGGCCAAGGACCGUAUCAAACUGACUCACAUGUGCCAGGCUGAGAUCGGCGAGACAUACGAAGGGCAGCUGGCUGCCUCUGAGACAUACAAGGUUCUGCCUGCCAAGAUGGAGCGCUGGCUUGCAAGGAAAGACA